AUGUCGCAGAUCGGUCCUGCGCCUUUGGGCGGCGAUGUCGACCGUGGUCCUGAGGCCUUGGUCAUCUGCUGGGUUAUGACAGCCAUGGGUAUACUCGUCGUGUUAAUGCGGUUUGUGGGACGACGCAUGAUGCGCUCAACUGGACCCGACGACUGGAUGAUGCUGCUGACACUUAUACUCUUCAUCUUCUUUGUCGCCAUCCUAACCAAGGACAUAUCCAUUGGUGGUAUGCGCCAUUUGUACUAUUUAACCCCCGAGGAAAGGACUGAGGCUGCAAAAUGGAGCUGGAUAUCUCAGCCAUUUCACAUUAUGGGUUUCGCGACUGGAAAAAUCUCAGUGGGAAUCUUAAUCCUUCGCGUGACCGGAUCGACCACGUUUUGGCGCAGACGGAUUCUAUGGUUUGCCAUUAUUACAGCGCUUCUCAUUAGCGCCGUCAAUAUCAUCCUUACUUUCACGCAGUGUUCGCCCGUAGAAGCCCUAUGGAACACGCAAUUGGUGGUAGAAGGAAAAGCCAAGUGCUGGCGGUCUUCAAUCCAGACCGACUUUGCCAUCUUUCUUUCCGGUUACAACAUCCUAGUAGACCUAUUCCUAGCAUUUUUGCCUGCUUCUUUCUUCUAUAACCUCAAUUUAACCUGGAAGAAAAAAGUCGAAUUGUGUAUCCUAUUGGGCCUCGGUGUUAUUGCUGCCAUCUUCGCCGCCGUCAAGACUACGUACCUUGUGGCUCUAAACGAGCGCUCCGAUAUAACUUGGGAGACCUACAACCUUUACAUGUGGUCCGGAGCAGAGUUGUUUGUUAUUAUUCUUUGCGGCAGCGUGCCGCCCAUCAAGCCCGUUUACGACUACUUAUUGGGCAAACCCAAGAAUAGGAGUGCCAACAACCCUGGCUACGGUGGCUUUACCUCUAAUACUAGCUACAUACGUAGCAGCUCUAGAACGAGUCCUGGGGAUCCCUUUAAGGGUCGUGAGGUGGAAGAAUUGGAGCUCUAUUCUCCGAGUAUUAGACUUGAUACGAAUAAUGCCAGGUCCGACAGUAGUAGUCUUCCCUAA